ACCCCUUUGAUUUGCAGACUUCAUCUCUAAGCUCAACAAAAGUAACCUUUUCUUUUUCUUUUCUUUAUUCCAUCUUUUAGCCCUAGCUGGGGGUUUUAGAUCCAACAAUUGGGAACAAGGAAGAAACCCUAGAAAGAAGAAAAAUGGGGAGGGGGAAGAUCGUGAUUCAGAGGAUCGAUAACUCAACGAGCAGGCAAGUGACGUUUUCUAAGAGGCGAAGCGGAUUGUUGAAGAAGGCUAAGGAACUUGCCAUUCUAUGUGAUGCACAUGUUGGAGUUAUUAUAUUUUCGAGCACUGGCAAACUCUAUGAAUUUUCAAAUACCAGCAUGAAAUCGGUUAUAGAGCGUUACACUAAGGCAAAAGAGGAUCAGCAACAGCUCCUUAAUCCGGGAUCCGAGAUCAAGUUUUGGCAAAGAGAAGCAGCAACCCUAAGGCAACAGUUGGGUGAUCUGCAGGAAAAUCAUCGGAAAUUAAUGGGGGAAGAGCUUUAUGGACUGAGCGUCAAAGAUCUUCAAAGGAUAGAAGAGCAACUAGAGCUGAGCUUGCGAGGCGUUCGUAUGAAAAAGGAACAAAUAUUAAGUGACGAGAUUCAACAGCUAAGUCGAAAGGGACAAUUGAUCCAUGAAGAAAACAUUCAGCUGUAUAAGAAGGUGAAACUUAUUGAACAACAAAACAAGGACUUGUAUACAAAGGCUUAUGGUGCAGAAAAUCACAGCCCCUUUGAGGUUCAAAGUGGCUUGGCUCUAUAUGAUUAUGCACCCAUACAGCUUCAACUGAGCCAGCCUCGGCCGCAAUCCACUUCUACUCAAUCAAGCAGUGAGCUGGUUUGGAGAUGAACUAUGUGCAUCGAAAGGGUUGAUUGAACUGUUUUUUAGUUUAAAACAAAUACUUUUGUAUUGUAUUCUGAUUUACUAUAGAAAUGGAUGUACUUGGUUGGUAUGUGAAAGCUUCCAUCUUUUCAAAUUGGUGCUUAAUUAUAAAUUACGCAGGAUUUCACUAA